CAAGAGUAUCUUUAGCCAAUCCCAAUAAAAUCUCCAGGACCACCAGUAGGGGUCAGUAUGUCACCAUGCCUGUUCACCAUCCAAAGCUGCAUCCACUGCCGGUCAGUCAGAGGAUCAUCCAAUCACAGCACAAAGCAAGACAGACCAGGAGUGCUGAGAGGUUCUCCAGUUAUGAUACAAGCUCCUGGGUUGAGAAAGGCUCUAGUAAACCUAGUAGAGGGAAGAAAACACAGAACAAUGCCACAUCUUCUUCUUCCAAGAGUACAGGAGACAAAAGACACAAGAGUUCCAGUUCUAAUGGUCGCCAGCACCAUCGCUACUUCACCAAGGAUGGCAUGUGUCGUGGCUCAUCAUACAGCUCCAAGAACAAGAUGUGUGACCUGAUCGGCACCCUUGUGGAUCUGAAGUACAGCUGGAUCCUAUUUGUCUUCACCCUGUGCUACAUCGUCACCUGGGCAGCCUUCGCAGAGCUCUACUUCCUGGGUGCCUGGCUGCGUGGUGAUAUGGAACACAUACAAGACCCGCAAUGGCAGCCAUGCUUUGAGAAACUGGACAGUUUCCAUUCGGCCCUCUCUAUCUCCAUGGACAGCCAAAUCAUCAACGGCUACGGCUCUAGAGUGGCCUCAGCCAACUGCAUGGACGGGCUGGUUCUCAUGAUGGCACAGUCCAUCAUUGAAUCAGUGUUAGACACCCUGAUGCUGGGCUGCAUCCUGGCCAAGCUAGCCAAGCCUAAGAGGAGGCUGCCCACUCUGUUAUUCAGUCAGCACUGUGUGGUUUCUGAGAGGGAUGAGAGGCUGUGCCUGAUGUUCAAUGUCAAGACUCUGAAAGAGACACACAUGCUGGUGGCAGAGAUAAGAGCCAAGCUGAUUAAAUCUCACCAUACUAAAGAGGGAGAGUUCAUCCUGUUGGAGCAGAGAGAGCUGACUCUGGGCAUGGGGCCAGAUGAAGCCAGGCUGUUCACAGUGGAGCCCCAGACCGUGGAGCAUGUCAUUGAUGAACAAAGUCCUCUCUGGGGCAUCAGCGCUGACUCUUUAAAGUGGGAGACCUUUGAAAUUGUGGUCAUGGUGGACGGAGCCGUUCAAGACGCAGGCACAGCCUUCCAUGUGAGGACCUCCUACACGGAAGAUGAGAUUUUUUGGGGACAGCGCUUUAAGUCACACAAGCCACUAGCUGAGAGGGGGAUUGGUUCCAAUCACAAGACCUCUGAUAAAAACUAUAAGGUCCAGACUGCCACUCACAGUGACAGAGAGAUGGCAGUGAGACAAAGACAUGAGAGAUCUCCUGGACAUGACACAGACUCUGUCCCCUCCAACAUGUCGACAAGGAAAGUACAUUACCAGUAUUUAUCUGAUCAAAUGUUACUGUGCAACUCAGUCACUAAUAACAAUGGCACAGGAACUAGGAAACUUAGUAAGAAUGAGUUCUUUAUAUAAAUAUUGACGUUUGACAAGUCGGCAUAGAAGUGUUAAUCAACGUUUAUGAAAUCAACAUAUCCUUCAGAAUGUUUAUACAAUGUAAAUUGUAUUAGUUCUUGUUGGUCUACUUACAGUAUGCGAGAAAUAACAAAAGGUAUCUCACUGCCCAUACAUCAAGCUCUCCCAAUUAAGAUUUAAAUGAUGAGUGUCAUUUAAUGAUUGUAUUGCCAUGUGCUGUGCCGAUUUGAGAAACGGACAAAUGAAUGUCAGUAUUAUUGUCUAUUCACCAACAAAGGGGAUAUCUCAUUCACAUACCAUCAUAGACUCUUGCCAAUGUUGAUAUUUAUGUAAAUUUACAGUAUGUGUUACAAUUCCCUUUAAUCAAUCCAAUAUGUUUUUGGAUGUAAACCCACACUCAUUCUCACACAGCCACAUCCACCUCAGGUCACAGUAUACAGACGGACAGACGGACAGACGGACAGACGGACAGACGGAUAGACAUAUAGACUUAUUAGAGUGGGUUUGACUUGGUGGGUUUGACUUGUACAUUAUUUCAUCUGACAGUUAUUCAGAUGAGCCAAAGAGAUGCAGGCCGUUUCCGGGAUGGUGCUUGGACAGUCCGAGUGUAAGGAAUGUCUUCGCUGGCAGUUAUCCUCCUCACCUGGCUCUCUCCAGGCCUAAUCCCAUACCACGCCCAUGGGAGACAGUACAUAUCAAAGGUACCUUCUGCUGGCUGGCAUUCUAGGUGGCAGAUUAAAUCUAAAAUGUUUCAUUAGGAACAUCUUGAUGUUCUCAACUUACUGGAUUAAUUAAGCUUGCCGUAAAGUAGAAGAGAAAUUUUCAAAAAAUACUUCUUACCCAUACUUACCUGUAAACAGAUGAA